GAUACGGGCGGCUUUGUUUUGUAGUGAGUAAUUUAAUUAAUUAGCUUUACUCGACAUUGGUCUUCGUUAAAGGGUUUACUUGAUUUAGGAAGAUCCUCACGCUUUUUUCUAUCGCGUCGACACGGAUAUUCAGCGGUAAUAAAAAGAGCGUUGUAACGUCUUACAUUAGCAUAACAGCAGCUAACAGGCGAUAAGAGAAAAUCUUCUGUCACAAAAUAAAUGCAGUCGGAACCCGCCUGUUCUCAAAGGCCUGAUCGCGUCAGCGAGACGUUACAGACAGCACGGAGGAAUUCACCAUGUUGUCUGAUUAGGUUGUGUGCUCCCACCUCAUUUCUCAGUCGUGUCCUGUUCGGAAUUGAAAGAGUUCCUCAUUAGGGGUUAACAGCAUACACAGACGUGCUGUGUGCCAAGGGACCAGUGUGAAGAUGCCACCACUUUAUGCUGCCUAUGCCAUGGUCACUCUAACACCUAUGUUAGUGCUGGGUGUUCCUCCAGUUUGGACCCAACCGGAACAGGUGCACCUGUCCUAUACAGGAGUUUCAGGCUCAAUGGAGGUCACCUGGACCACUUUUAAUAAAACAGAGAGUACAGUAGAGUACAGCUUGUGGGGAGGCCGGCUCUUUGAUAUGACUGCUAAAGGCAAUGGUACUCUGUUUGUGGAUUCGGGAGAAGAGAAGAGGAAGAUGUUCAUUCACAGAGUCAUACUCACAGGCCUCAAACCUGCCUCUGCUUAUGUGUACCAUUGUGGCAGUGAUGCUGGCUGGAGUGACAUGUUCUCCUUCACUGCUCUGAAUGAUAGCACUACUUUCAGUCCCAGGUUUGCUCUCUAUGGGGACUUGGGCAAUGAGAACCCUCAAUCACUUGCUCGACUGCAAAAAGAGACUCAGCUUGGCAUGUAUGAUGUCAUCCUACACAUAGGGGACUUCGCCUAUGAUAUGCAUGAGGACAAUGCCAGGAUCGGAGAUGAGUUCAUGAGGCAGAUUCAGUCCAUAGCAGCCUACGUGCCUUAUAUGACUUGUCCAGGGAACCACGAAUCUGCAUAUAACUUCUCUAACUACAGAAACCGCUUCAGCAUGCCGGGCCAGACCGAGAGUCUAUGGUACAGCUGGAACUUAGGACCAGCCCACAUCAUCUCCCUCUCCACCGAGGUCUACUUCUAUCUUAUUUUUGGCCAGGAGCUCCUUUUCAAGCAGUAUGAAUGGCUGAAGAAAGACCUGGAGGAGGCCAACAUGCCAGAGAACCGAGCAGCGCGUCCAUGGAUCAUCACCAUGGGACAUAGGCCCAUGUACUGCUCCGAUGAUGACCAGGAUGACUGCACCAAGUUUGAUUCCUUUGUCCGGCUGGGACGGAAUGACACCAAACCAUCCGCCCCUGGUCUGGAGGAUCUAUUCUACCAUUAUGGGGUGGAUUUGGAGCUGUGGGCCCAUGAGCACACGUAUGAGAGACUAUGGCCGGUCUAUCGCAAUAAGGUGUGCAAUGGGAGCACCGACCAGCCAUAUAUGAACCCCAAAGCCCCAGUGCAUAUUAUAACAGGCUCCGCUGGCUGCAGAGAAAAGACUGACCGCUUCAAUCCUAACCCCAAAGACUGGAGUGCUUUCCGCAGUACAGAUUAUGGUUACACCCGCAUGCAAGUGGUCAACACCACCCAUCUGUACCUGGAGCAGGUCUCCGAUGACCAGGACCUGAUGUUCAGGGGUUUGCACCCAAGACUUGCUAGAUAAGUAUCAUCUCGGGCCGAGACUAUCUGCAGGUUUUCAUAGAGGAGAGGCGAGCGCUGAAUCUGAACCCCUGACAUGUCCUCACAUCCUCAAGACCCAUCAUCGUGGCAUCAGACAGAGACACACAGUCUGAUGGGAUGUUGUGAUCCCUCUAACUUGGACCAGGCGAAUGCAAAGUAGGCAGUCUGGAUAAAAAAAAAAAAUCAUAACAAUAUCAAAUCCACCUCCUCUGCACUCUGUCUAGGUCUGGCUUCAUGGCUCCACCUCAUCAUUUUACAUUCAGAAACCAAACAUACUUAUGUAACAUUAUGUUCACAUAUGUUCACAUUUCCACACAUAUACUAGCUUAUAUAUAUAUUUAUCCAUGUGAUUUAUGCAUAUAUUACAUAAUAUAUCCACGAAUGUACUUUGCUCAGAGGAAAACAAGCAAACGUGUUUUUCUGCUAAAUCCUUAAUUUUCUUAUACUUGCUGUUUAGGAACCAUGCACCCAGAAACUUGCAAGAUCUGAGCUUAAUUGAAAUUUGCCCACAUAUAAUAAUUACAGUCCCGGUCCAGGACUCAAGCGUCUGCACACAAGCAACACUGUGUUUGUCAAACAACGAUUGGUUCAGUUAUUUGUGUUGGUGAAUUUAUGUGGACAUUCUUUUGGAUUUGCCCCCACUUUUCUGAAGGCAGAAAAUUAAAUUAAGUUAAUAAACCACGUAGCUCGCUUAUUCUACGUCAAUAAAUAAGGUUUGU